UACAUUAUCGGAUAAUGAGUGAUUCGUCAUCAUGUGAUUCUAAUUCUGAUAAUGAUAUAAAUAAUGCAGUUCCCAAAAAAGUAAAACGACGUUACAAAACAGGAUUGUAUAAAGAUUAUGAGACUCACUUCAGAGAUAAUUUAUCUUGGGUUACUAGAUCAAAGUGGGAUUCUUUUACGAGUUAUGAACAUCAAUUAGCUUUUGUGCCAGAAAGCAGUAAUUUUUCUAACUUGAAUAAUGAGCAGAACCGUGAUUGUUGUAUUAGAAGUGAGAAUAAUUGUGACAUGAGAAUGAAUAAUAAUGAAGCUAGUAGUAAUAAUUCCACAGCGAUUCGCUCUCCAGAAUAUAAACCUGACUUAAAAUUGAAGGUAUGUACACGCUGUGGCCCUGAUUUACAGUUUUUAAAAUAAAGAAUUUAUAUUUCG